AUGAACAAUUCGUUCUCCUCUCGAGACUUUCCCAAGGCUGGUUCCAGUCCAGCUUACGACUCGGACCAGUUCAACCAAAACUGCGAUCCCGCCAACCGUACCUCUUCCUUCUCCGCCAUCCCACCCUCUGCUAGCCAAAACAUGCAAGCAUUCAACGCUCGCCAAGCAGCCGCUCUCCCAUCCUCCACCCCGGCUGCUUCUACCCGCAACUUCCAGCCAUCGCACAGUCACAGCCAGUCCACCAGUGUUCUGCUCAACUCGUCCUCGCGUCAAAUGUACAAGCCUCAUUCACAGCAGCCAGCCGGCGGUAAUCGUUCCACCAGCAUGCGUCCCAUGUCCGCCUUCCAGCCCCUCGACAAUCCCGACUACUAUGCUGCCGGCGGUGGAGCUUCCAGUCCCACUCUCCAGCGUGCGCCUUCUCCCACCGGCUCCACAGCCAGAUCCAUCCGUUCCGCUUCCCAAACCCCUCUCACCUUCAAAAGCCAGGACCUUCGCAGUGCACUAAGCCUCCAAGAAUCUCAACAGAAAAAGCUCUACAUGGAAGGCUACCUCCUCAAACGCGACGAUCUCGGCACCGAUGGCAAGCCUCUCCACGUCGCAGACGAAAAGCGUCGCUGGUCCGAAUGCUUUGUACAACUUUCUGGAACCGUCCUGAGCCUAUGGAACGUAGAACAGAUGCAAGACGCUGCUCGCCGCGGCACAGAGGUCCCUCCCACCUACAUCAACAUCACCGACUCCUUUGUCGACUUUAUCGGUCUCCUCAUCGAAGAUCCCAAGCUCAUCCCAGGCAGCCGCGGACGCUACCACCAUGCCUUUGCCAUUAACUCGGCUGGCAACAAUCGCACCAUCUUCUGCUUCCGCGACCCGCCUCCUUUCCCGCCCGAGUCUCUCGAGCAAUGGCUCGCUCCCGAACAUCGUCAGAAACCAGAGCAUCGCACCGUCAUCGGCUGGCUCAACCUCGGUCAUCGUCAUCUUCAAGCCUGGAUCAACGCUAUCCGCCUCGCAUCAUGGGAGAAGGUCCGACUCGAAGAGAUCUACACCGGUGCUCUCAUCCGUGCACGGCUCGGCGCUGUCGGCUCGCCAGGCACCUCUACUCCCGAUGCCACCAAAGAUUCUUCCGCCCUCAGUGCUGCCCAAAUGUCCAUCAAGUCUCCCCUCGUCAAAGGCAAGAUGGAAGGCUGGGUCAAGGCUCGCUUCAUGGGUUCCACAGAAUGGAAAAAGGUAUGGAUGGUCCUCACCGAUCACAAGCCCGACGAGUCCGAAUUCGGUGCAAAGAAGAAGUUUUGGAAGCUUGGCUCUUCAGCAGGCGAUCGCUCCAGCGUCAUGAGCAUCAACAGCGUCUCCACCGCGGCUCCAGGCGCUCCCUCCAACGAUGGCAAGGACCUGCCUCCCCCUCCCGGAAGCACUGGCGCACCCGGUGUGGCUAGCUUCUUCGAGUCCAAGAAGGACAAGAAGCCCUUUGCUACCCUCAUCUAUGCUGCUCAUGCCUUUGCCGUCUAUCCUUCCCGUCCUGAGCUCGUCGAAGGCUCGAGUCUCUUCAAGAUCGAAGGUGUCUUCCCCUCCAGCAGCGUUCUCUCUGCUACUCACCGCGUUCGCACCACAGGCUGGGUCAUGCUCAUGCCCGAGCUCGACACCGCCGGCAGCAAAGGCGCAAACGCGGAGAUGAUGAAGUGGCUCAUCGCCUUUAUGGAUUCCUUCAAGCUCUACGGUCGACCCCAGACUCUUGUCUGGGAGGCACGCGAUCCAGUCUCGCCCUUCUUUGCGUAUCCCAUCGGUCCUUUCAAAGACCGCCUCUUCCUCGACAGAGAGCUCGCCGAGUUCCUUGAGAUUGCUCGCGAAGAUCACCUCACCACCCGAGCCGCGUUGCAUGGCAUCAUGGCGGCCCGUAUGAGGGGUGAACGUACCAAAAUACUUCAACCCUUGCCACCGCCUUCGCAGAGUGCCAUCGCUCCCACUUCCAAAGCCGCCUCCCUCGCCGACGAUGAACCUCGAACCUCGUCUCGUGCCAGUGCUGCCGAAUCUGCUUCGCAGUUGCCGCCCCUCAACUUUGACUCUGCUCAGAGCCAACCUGCUGCUUCUGCUGCACCCAUGGCCCAGACCGCCUCUAACACUUCACAGCGUUCCUCCGACCAAAUUGGCCGAGUCUCGAACGCCUUCAAAGACUCUGCCAGGGGUGAAGGUACCGAUAAGGAGUCUGUACGGGCUGCCUCACCCGAUUUUGAAUCGUUCCGCCCACCUCGCGAGACUCAUCCCAGUCAAUCCGUCUCGACACAGCCUGAUGCGCCCACGGCCAGCGCACAGGCCCCUGCGCCCACAACUGCAGCCCCCGUUGCCGCGGCGCCUCUCAACAACGUCGUUGCCACAUCUCAGCCUCCGCCUGCAAGCGCCCCUGUCGUCUCGCAGCUCAGCUCCGUCGCACAUUCUAGAGAUCAGCAGGACGAACGUUCCAGUGUUCGUGCCUUGCCAAGCUCUACGAGUGCAGUCCCACCUCAAACACAGGGUGUGCAACCUGCUUUGCAACCUGCACAUGCCGCUGAAUCCUCGCUUGAUUAUCUCAAUCCCUCCAACGCCAACGCCAACGUCAAGGCAGACCAAGCCACGCCCACCGCUCAUGGCGUCGAUGCAGCUGCUCCUAGAUCUGCUGCCGUGUUUGGACCAUCUGGCCGAGGUGCAGAGCAGACUGCUCCUGAACAGCCUCGUUCCACGAAGCGCGACUCGGACUUGCCUACCAACUAUGACGAGAGCGCUCUUUUCUACAUGGCUUCCAUCUCUGACCAACUCCCUGCCACAGGCUCACAGCCAGUCGUCAUGCCGGCACCCAGCCGCAAUAUCGUGACCAAGGAAAGCUCUCAGGCUUCUCGCCCUCACAGCCUUGCACCUGCUUCGGGCACCACCUCAGCCAUCCAGUCGGAAAGCACCCACGCUACGCGUCUCUCAUCUGACCAGCAGCAGUCCGCACACGCAGCUCCUGUCCAGAACGAGCUUGCCAAGGCCGAUCCCGCGCCUGUCGGCAGGAUCCACCCGACUCAGGACGACACCAUCAACGACGAUGCGCUCGCUGCCUACUCGUUCUUGGAGCAGCCUCCCUCGCCCGCCCUCAGGGCCAAGGAGGCGGCGGUCGUCAAGACGAACGUGGUCGAGCGCAACACCGUCUCGACUCCUUCAGCCGCCGUGCCCGUGCAGCCUGCGCCGACUGCUGAUGCUCAGACGUCCGUUGACAGCAACUUUGGUGUACGACCCUCGGCUGCUCAGUAUCCCUCCACGUUCGGCCAGAACAAGAGGGCCGCCGAGCGCAAGUCUGCGGCCCAGCUCCAGGCCCAAGCUCACCAAGAGGCGCUCUCCCGACCUGGUCGUGCCGGCGCCAACAGGCCCAAGGGUAUGCGCCGUCCUGGCUGGGUGGACGACAGCGAAGAGGAAGAAGAGGAAGAGGAAGAUGACGAGGAAGAGGAAGAGGAACGUUCCAGUCGCGUCGUUCAGGCUGCUGGUGCCGGUCGUUCAGCGGCUAGCUCCAGCCGGGCUGCACCAGGGACAGAGUCCCCUGUCAACUUGGCUGAUUCCGUUGGUAGCCUCGGUCGUGGCAACGAAGCGACUUCGCAGGGAGCUCCGGGUAACUUUCCUCGAUCCGUCUCUGGCUAUGGCGCCAGCUUCGUCGGUGGCUCGCGAUCCGACUCGCCCGGUCAGACACCUGCGCGUGGAGCUGUCCCCACUCAUCCUUCGAUCCAGGCCUAUCAGCGCCAGUCGAUGUUCAACAGCCAUCUUGCCGCAGCUCAUGGCGACGACUCUCGGUCCAACACGCCGCCUCAAGGCCCAAUUGUGCGCGACCGUCAGACAUUCCUGCAGCUCAAUCCGGAAGAUCAGCCGGGCGCUAUGACCACCGUUUUCACUCCCCACGGCCUGGUGCAAGCAGGAGCACAGGACAAGGCCGAGCGAUCAGCCAAGGCGCAGGAGGCCGAAGCGAGGGCAACGGGCAGGAACUUGGUCAACGUGCCCAACAAGCCUCCUCCUCCGCAGGCGGGUCUUCUUGGCGCCAUCACCGCUCACGAGCGCGAUCGCAAGGGUGCUGGAGGGUUCGGCGCCACGCUCACCGAACGGGAACGUGAGCGCGUUGCAGCUGAGCGACGUCAGCGCGAGGAAGAUGCGCUUCGACAGCAACAGCAGCAGGCGCAACAGCAGCAAAUGCAGCAGAUGCAGCAAAUGGCCUACUUCAAUCCGAUGAUGUAUCAGCAGAUGAUGAUGUCCGGCAUGAUGGGUGGCAUGGGCAUGAUGGGUAUGGGUAUGCCACAGAUGGGUGGCGGGUUUGGCGGCUCACAGAUGGGUGGCGGCGGCAGUCAGAUCGGUGGCAUGGGUGGAGGCUUCGAUCCGAUGAUGGCACAGCAGCAAGCGAUGCAGGCCGCGCAGAUGGCGUACAUGAACGCUCUCUCGCAAGCGCACCAGGAAGGAUCUGCGCUUGGACACGGAUCCAUGAUGGGACACGGCUCGCCUGGCGCUGCACCUGCUUCGACCAUGGGCAUGCCCAUGGGCAGCAUGCCGUUCGUGGCCAGCCCACACAUGAGCAUGAUGGGUCUGCCUUACCCUGGCUUCUCGGCACAGUCUGCCAUGGGGGGUGCUGCGUCGCCGUCUGAUUUCAACGCUGCCGGUGCCGGGGCUAGCCCAUUGCCUCGCUCGCCUUCCGGUAAGCCCAACGGACAAGGCAAUCCUUAA